CUGAGGCGCACCGACGCACGCAGGCGCGCUCCCGGCCCCUGGACCCGGACCCGGUGGGCUCUGCGCCCCGUGGCCGAGCCGGCACGUCCCCGCCAGCUUGGCAGCUCCACUGAAGAAACGGGGGAUCGGGAGAGGAAACACUGGAGCAGCUCAAGGAUCUUUAAAAGUCAGGAGCUCAGAUAAUGCCAACAGAAGACGUGCAACCUGAUCCUUAGGAAGACAACACGCCGCACGUGAGCAGGAUGUAGUUCUGCUCGACUCCCCAAGUGGAAGGUAUUUGUUUGGCUGAUUUCUCUGAGAGCAACCCAACCAUGGAGAAGGUCGGGGAAGAUCUGAAUCUGUCAUUUCUGCUGGAGCACGAACGAGAAAUGAUCCUGAAGGUGCUGCAGAAAGACGAGAAAGUGAGGAAGCGAGAAGACAAGAGGAUACGGAAGAUGAAGAACGAGCUGCUGGAGAUCAAGCGGAAGGGUUCCCGCCGGCCGCAGGAGAGCGGGGAGCGGCACUGCGCCCGCUGCCUGAGGUCCCUGGGGCUGAUCUUUGACCGCGGAGAUCUGUGCCAGGAGUGUCAGCUCCGCGUCUGCCGCGAAUGCCAAAUCACAGCCGCCGGCUCCCGCCAGUGGAGGUGUAAUGUCUGUGCCAAGAUCUCGGAGCUGAAGGUGGUUACUGGAGAGUGGUUCUUGGAGGAGCGAUCCAAGCGCUUCGACCAGAAGGUCCUGAGCACUGAUGUGAUCAAACACUCCAUCCUGAACAGCCCGCCGACCGCAGAAAAGAAGUCUACAGAAAAGCUUUCAGCCUCUUCUGAACCAGAGCAACCCGACACCCCAAAGUCCAGCAGAAGCGCGGUACGCAGCCUCGUGGAUGGAGCCAGAAAGAAGGGACGUAUGAAGAUGGAUAAAAAAGGCAGCCGAGCCCCCCCGAAGCCAGAGAACGGCGUGGACGGCGUCGGUGUCAAAUCUGCCUCAGAUGGAGAAGCUCGAAGCGUUCGAAGCGUUCGUUCUGCUGCAAGUCCAGAUUCAAAAAGGGCCGGCGCGGUGGCCGUGGAGUCCUCGGGGAUCCCCACUGUACCCAACAAUCUGCGUGCCCAGGCUGCAGAUAAACCAUUCACGCCCGGUGACAACCGGAGGGUCAGGCCUGACGGAGCGGAAAGCGUUGCCAGUUUACAGUCCGGUGACGGCCCCUCGGAGAAAAAGGCACCGGGCCACCGCCGGACCGACUCCGGCACCCCGACCAUCUCCGUGUCCAGGGCCUCCGUCUCAUCAGAUCACAGCCGCUCGGAGAUGGACCUGUCAGCUCCAGGUUCUGAACCCAGCGACGACGCCUCCAGCCUCAGGAGCCACUCGGUCUCCGGGCUCAACGAAGGCGAGUUUUCUGACGACGACGGAGAGGAAGACAUCGAUGCCCUGAUGUCGGCCCACAGCCUGACUUCUGGCGGGCGUCUCAGCAUCGCGGUGUCAACGUCCUCCACUCCUGGCUCAGAAAGAAGGUGGGGGUACCUUAAUGUCCCCGACUCGGAUGCCGAGACUAGCAGCAUCAACAGCAUGAUGAGCAUGUACAGUGAGACUGGUGACUAUGGUAACGCCAGAGUAAGCGGCGAGAUCCUCCUGAACAUCAGCUACAGCUACAAAACGGGUGCCCUGAAUGUUCUGGUCAAAGACUGUCACAACCUGGCAACAGGAGACGAGAGGAGACAACGCACAGAUGCGUAUGUAAAGACGUACCUGCUGCCAGACACGUCGCGACAGAGCAAGAGGAAGACCAGCAUCAAGCCCAACACCAUUAACCCAGUUUUUAACGAGAACCUGAGGUACGUUAUCAGCCACUCGCAGCUGGAGACGCGAACCCUGCAGGUGUCUGUGUGGCACCACGACCGCUUCGGAUACAACAGCUUCCUGGGAGAAGUGGAGCUCACGUUUGAUUCCUGGGAGUUUGAUUCCCAGAUAGAGGAGUGGUACUCUCUGCAGCCCAAGUUGGAGAGCAACAUAGACUGCACAAUCCAGUAUAAAGGAGAACUGACUGUCGUGCUGAAGUACAUACCUGGAGAGAAUAACCUCACCCUCCCUCUGGACCAAGUUCAAGUGAAGAAGUCCUUCUUGAAGGGGAAGAAGACGAGCAGCUUCACUCUGCCUAAAGGAGGCAUGGUCGAGCUGCUGGUAAAAGGAGCCAAAAAUCUCACUGCCGUCAAAUCUGGAGGCACCUCCGACACUUUUGUGAAAGGGUACCUCCUCCCCGACACCAACAAGUCCACCAAGCACAAGACGUCGGUGGAGCGACGCAACGUCAACCCGCAGUGGAACCACACCUUCACCUACUGCGGUCUGCAGCCCGGAGACCUCAACAACAUCUGCCUGGAGCUCACAGUGUGGGACAAAGAAGCUCUGGCCAGCAACGUCUUCCUGGGAGGAGUCCGGCUGGGAGCUGGCACAGGUAAAAGCUACGGGAACGAGGUGGACUGGAUGGACUCUUACGGGGAGGAACAGCGCGCUUGGCAGCGCAUGAUCGAGAACCCCGAAGUUCCUCAGGAGUGCACGCUGAUGCUGCGCUCCACCAUGCGCAAGAGCCACACAUGAGCUGGACUGAUGCGCUCACUGAGGAUGUGACAGGAUCAGAGACCCUCCUUCUCUGUACUUUCUUGUUAGGAUUCCUCCUCCUGUCCACAACCACCGUCAUGCCUUACUCACUCAUCCACAUGUGGCCCCUCUGCAUGUCGUCUCGACCAAUCACUGCUGCCGCUCAGCCAGGAUGAUGGAAAACCUUCGUCUCAACUAACUUACUGUGACUUCUUCUUAAUAAGCACACGGCGACGCCUGAUGUGUCCGUCCUCGUCUCGUCUGUGAGCUGUUUUUUUUUUUUUUUUUGCAUGUGGCUCCAGGUGAUGAUGAAACAUUUGAGAGAUGUUGUAAUGAUUGAUACGCUCUGAAGCACAGAGAGACGGUGACGCUGCGACUCAUCCCAUCAUCAACGGUAGCUCACGGGGGGUCGAAAACUGGCUCGUUUGUGUAUUCCUGCUGCGAAUAUCAAGAAAUACUUUGAUUUUACUCUACAUGUUAAAAGGACUCACUUAAAUUAGCACUAUUCAGCUUUUAAAAAUAAUUAAAAUAAUUUAAUUGCUGGUUUCAGCCCCCUGCCAUUGAGACUUACCCAUACACUCAUGCUCAAAAAUACUCAUUAAAAUCUAUUUUAGCACAAGUUACACCACCAGUACAGUCGAUAUCAUGUAUAAACAGUUUGUUUUGGGUUGUUUAUGCCCCCCCCACCCCCAGGUUGCAUCCAUUUCUUGCACCAUCCUCUCGGUUGAAACUCACCCAACCAUUCUUCAUGGCUCAUGAGCAUUGACUGUAACACAGAAUUAUGCGCAUGGUGAAAGCAACAAAAGUCAGAGAUCACUUUUGAUUAACAUAGUGUUUUAUUUUUACUUUUUUAAUCCAUGAAAAUGACUGUUUUUUUGGUCUGUGUUGCUCUAAAAGGUGUUUUAAGUACCACAUGUUUCCAUCAGUGUGACUUCUAACUGGUCCAUCAACAGUCCAACACCUGGAAAAUAUGUCCAGAUUCACAGAAUAAAUUAGCACACACGUUUGGACGGACUCUCUACCGAUUUAUAGAUGCAGUUUGACCAAAUACUUUUUUUUAUUU